UUGAUGAAAGGAAUGCUAUUUUUCUGAAGGAGGAAGAUGCAAAAGAUGGAAAUCCAAUGUCUGAAAAAUCCAAAAGUCUUAAUGAAGAAGCAGCUGAAAAUUGCUCAGAUACUUUUAAGUGUGAUGAUGAAGAUCCGUUGUUAUCAGACUCAAUUGUGGCAGAGGAUAUGUGUUCCUCUGAUGAUGGUCAGCUUGUACAAGUGCGUAAGAAUGUGGAUGCAAAAGGGAAACAUUUGUUUUGUGACCAGUGUGGUAAGAGGUUCCCUUUUAUGAGUAAGCUUUUGCGUCAUAUAAGGGUACAUACAAAUGAGAAACCUUAUGACAGUGAAGUAUGCAAGCAAAUAUUAUCUAAUAAAAAUAGUGCCUUGAAAAACAUGGAUGCACAUACUAAAGAUCAUUUCACGUGUGAAGUAUGUAUUAAAUCAUUCUCUUCAAAAGAUGAUAUAAUGAUGCACAUGAGAACACACAGAAAGGUAAAACCUUAUACAUGUGAGGUAUGCAGUAAAGUAGUAUCUGGAAAAACCGCUUACACAGCAACCCUCAUAGGCACAUGAGAGUACACACAAAGGAGAAACCUUAUAGCUGUGAGGUUUGCAGGAAGGCAUUCUCUCAGAAAGCCCAUGUAGAAUCCCAUAUGCGUACUCAUCUGAGAGUUAAACCUUUUAACUGUGAGGUAUGCAAAAAGCCAUUCUCGUGUAAAAGUAGUCUAAGCAAGCACAUGAGAUUACAUACAAAUGAGAAACCUUUUAGUUGUAAAGUUUGUAGGAAGGUAUUUACAAUGUACAAUCAUUUAGUUGAGCAUAUGCAUGUACAUUCAAAGGAGAAGCCUUUUUCUUGUGAUGUAUGUACAACGGCAUUUGCUAGGAAAGAUGAUUUAACAAGACACAUGAGAAUACAUACACAUGUGAAGCCUUAUACUUGCAGUGUAUGUAGUAAAUCAUUCUUAUGGAAACACAAUCUAGUGGUCCACAUGAGGUUACAUACAAAGGAAAAACCUUACAGUUGUGCUACAUGUAAUAAGGGUUUCUCAGAGAAAUGUAAACUAGUGAGGCACAUGAUAGUACAUGCAAAAGACAGAGCCUUGUAAUUGUGAAAUCUGUAACAAUACUUUCAACUACCAUGUGCUGAAUCUCACAAAAUCACAAAUAUAUAAAGCCAUAUUUUAAUGAGAGCUGUAUUAGAGCAUUUUCACAGAAAAUAGUGUUAUUGGUGCAUAUGACCUUACAUUCUCAAUCUUUUGAAGAAGAAGAAUGUAUGGGAUAUGUACAUUACAGUGACAGAGCUUAUGGAUUUUAGUACCAGCUGCAUCAGAACCUAGCCAUGUCCUCUUUUCCUUCUGUAAACAGUCUUUGAUCCUUAAAUCAACCACAAGGGAAGCUGUAAAGUACUCUCUUUAUAUUGAGUAAAGUACAGGGAAAGUGAUAUAUUUGAACAGCAUAAGAACAUUUUGAUAAAUCCAUUAUGAACAUUAUCAUGUCUUUUGAUAACCUUUCUAUUAUAUUUUUUGUAAUAAUUUUACUCUGACAUAAUACUGAUUUUACAAAUUGAUUGUUCUUUUAGUAUAUUCAUAUAUGCUUUUUACUAUUAAUGCAGUAUGUUUAUAAAUAUCUACAUUAACCCUGAUACAACUGGAAAGUUUUAGAAAAGUGUGUUUACCUGACAAGCCCUUGGAGCCACCCCUCUAGCCUGACUGCUGAAUAACGAUACAUUUUCCCACUUAGUCAACCCUUACCCUGUAUCUUUUGCAGUAGAGUACACAGAUCAGCCACAUCUAAGAGGUCUCCCAUUCACACUGCUAUCUUGCCUAAUUGAUUUAUACCACCAUGUGAAAGUCCUCCAUAUAUGCAAUACAUCUCUUGUGACUACUGUAAGAGUAUUGAUUUGAUUUCUAUAGCAAAUAUAUACAUUCACAGUACUAAUAGUUUCAUUUGUGCGUUCUGCCUUGGGGUCCCCAAGUAAAAUGUAACAACAUAAGCAAAGUCUUCUUUUGAUUUUACCCUUAGGCAUGGCUCUAUUCACCAUGUUUGCAUUGAUGCUAAAAUUCGUCUGCUAUACAACCAUGGAGUGCUACAUACAGGUGUGGUCUGUUGCUAUAUUAUUGAGCUAAUUUACAGUAUUGUUUUGUAUGUAUAAGAAACAAAAACAUCACCCGCAGUGCGACUGGAAAUAAACCCCUAUAAAUGA